AUUACAUGCACUGAAAGAUUAGAUUAAAAAAAAAAAGAAAAGAAAUGUCCAGUGGGAAAUUGCUUUAGAAAAUCCAUUUUAUUGGCUCAGUUCUGUUAUAUAAACACCCACUGAGGCCAAUUCCUGGAAAUGAAAUUCUAAACCAGCCCUUCUUCCCUAACUUAUUCAGCAACUUCUUAACAGAGAAGCGAAAACAUGGCCAGCAAUAAGCAAUCUAAUUUUGAUUGCAGCACAUUGCUAACCAACACUCUCAACAAAGCUAAAAAACGGUGGCGUAUUGCUUAUUUAACCAUAUGUUCUGUCCGCGCAAUGCUUUCUCUUGUAAGAGAGAUAAUUGCAUCCGAAACAAAUAGCUAUCAACACUCUGGUAUUCUGCAUUCUAUUCCCUACACAAUCCUAGAUGUAGAAUCUAUCAGUUCCAAGAAACAUGGACCCGUGUCCAAACUCCCUGAUGUUGAUAAAAAAACACUUGCCGAAAUGGUAAAAGAGAAAGAUUCCGAAGCUCUCCGCCAGUUUGAAGGAGUUGAAGGCGUUGCUACCGCUCUUGGGACAAACAUAGAACAUGGAAUCGACGGUGGGGAGAGUGAAAUCUGCUCCCGGCGUGACGUGUUCGGUUCCAACACUUACAAUAAACCGCCCCCUAAGGGUUUUCUAUUUUUUGUAGUGGAUGCUUUUAAAGACACCACCAUUAUUAUCCUCCUGGUGUGUGCUACUCUUUCUCUUGGCUUUGGUAUAAAAGAGGAUGGAGCAGAGGAUGGUUGGUAUGAAGGUGGGAGUAUCUUUGUUGCUGUGUUUCUAGUCGUUGUUGUCUCUGCUCUCAGCAAUUUUAGACAGGAGACACAAUUUGACAAGUUAUCGCGAAUUAGCAGCAAUAUCAAAAUUGAUGUUGUUAGAAAUGGACGUAGACAACAGAUCUCCAUAUUUGAUAUUGUAGUCGGAGAUGUUAUCUCGCUGAAAAUUGGAGAUCAAAUUCCAGCAGAUGGGUUGUUCUUGCAUGGGCAUUCUUUCAUGGUGGACGAGUCAAGCAUGACAGGAGAGAGCGACCACGUUGAAGUAAAUUCCACCAGGAAUCCAUUCUUGCUUUCUGGUUCAAAAGUUGCAGAUGGAUAUGCUCAAAUGUUGGUGACGUCCGUUGGAAUGAACACUGCCUGGGGCGAAAUGAUGAGCUCAAUAACUCGCGACUCCAACGAAAGAACGCCAUUACAAGCUCGACUUGACAAACUAACAUCUUCAAUUGGGAAGGUUGGACUUUCGGUUGCUUUCCUAGUCCUUGUAGUCAUGUUAAUUCGCUAUUUCACAAAAAAUACAAAGAAUGAGAAUGGUAUGACAGAGUACCGAGGCACCAAAACAGAUACAGAUGAUAUGUUAAAUGCUAUUGUUCGCAUUGUGGCUGCUGCAGUCACAAUCGUGGUCGUAGCAAUUCCAGAAGGUUUGCCGUUAGCAGUCACGCUAACUCUAGCUUACUCAAUGAAGAGAAUGAUGAAAGAUCAGGCUAUGGUCAGAAAGCUUUCUGCUUGUGAAACCAUGGGCUCUGCCACAGUUAUCUGUACUGACAAAACAGGCACUUUAACAUUGAAUCAAAUGCAAGUAACGAAGUUCUGGCUCGGUCAAGAACCCAUUGAUGAAGUUUCUUGCAGAGGGAUUGCUCCAACCAUUGUUGAAUUGUUCCACCAAGGAGUCGGUCUGAACACAACUGGUAGCGUCUACAUACCAGCAUCAGGAUCUUUACCAGAGCUUUCAGGUAGUCCAACUGAAAAGGCCAUUCUCUCAUGGGCAGUUUCUGAAAUGGGCAUGGACAUAGGAAGAGUGAAGCAAAAUUAUACCAUUCUCCAUGUCGAAACCUUUAAUUCAGAGAAGAAACGAAGUGGGGUUUCAAUAAGGAAAUUGGCUGACAACACUGUUCAUGUACAUUGGAAAGGUGCAGCUGAGAUGAUAUUAGGGAUGUGUUCAGACUAUUAUGAGAGCAAUGGGACCAUAAAUUCUAUAGAUGAAGAUGGAAGAAAUAAAAUUGAGAGAAUAAUCCAAGGUAUGGCAGCUAGUAGCCUCAGAUGCAUUGCUUUUGCUCACAAAAAAAUCACAGAAGAAGCAAUGGAGAAUGACAAUGGUGAAAAAACGCGCCCAAAACUACAAGAGCAUGAUUUGACCUUGCUAGGGAUAGUGGGGCUCAAGGAUCCAUGUCGACCAGGAGCCAAAAAAGCUGUGGAAAUUUGCAAGUCCGCCGGAGUAAACAUCAAAAUGAUAACCGGCGACAAUGUUUUCACAGCAAAAGCCAUAGCCACAGAAUGUGGAAUACUAGAGAUGGAUCACAAAGUAGACGAUGGGGUAGUAGUAGAAGGUGCCGAAUUUCGGAACUACACACAUGAGGAGAGAAUGGAAAGGGUCGAUAAAAUUUGCGUGAUGGCAAGAUCAUCACCAUUUGACAAACUUCUAAUGGUACAGUGCCUGAAGCAGAAAGGCCAUGUUGUUGCAGUAACAGGAGAUGGCACAAAUGAUGCACCAGCAUUAAAAGAAGCGGACAUAGGAUUGUCUAUGGGGAUUCAAGGCACAGAGGUCGCCAAGGAAAGCUCAGAUAUUGUCAUUUUGGAUGAUAAUUUUACAUCUGUGGCCACAGUUUUAAGGUGGGGAAGAUGUGUCUACAACAACAUCCAGAAAUUUAUCCAAUUUCAACUGACCGUCAACGUUGCAGCUCUUGUGAUCAAUUUCAUAGCAGCAGUUUCUGCUGGCGAGGUUCCCUUAACAGCAGUCCAAUUGCUGUGGGUAAAUCUCAUUAUGGACACGCUGGGAGCUCUGGCGCUGGCUACAGAACGGCCCACUGAUGAACUAAUGAAGAGGCCCCCUGUUGGUCGGACAGAGCCCCUCAUAACAAAUAUUAUGUGGAGAAACCUGCUAGCUCAAUCUCUUUACCAGAUAGCAAUCCUCCUGACUCUGCAAUUCAGGGGGGAGUCUAUAUUUAAUGUGAGUCCAGAGGUAAAUGAUACAAUUAUAUUCAAUACUUUCGUGUUUUGCCAAGUAUUCAAUGAGUUCAACGCAAGGAAUUUGGAGAAGCAGAAUGUAUUCAAAGGCAUCCACAGGAACCAUCUGUUUCUUGGGAUUGUGGGAGUCACUAUUGUUCUUCAGAUUGUUAUGGUGGAGUUUUUAAAGAAGUUUGCAAGUACAGAGAAGUUGAAUUGGCUGCAAUGGGCAGUUUGUAUAUUAAUAGCAGCUGUGUCAUGGCCAAUUGCUUGGAUUGUGAAGCUGAUGCCUGUGUCAGGCAAGCCAUUCCUCAGUUACCUGAAGAGGCCUGCAUUCAGCUUCAAUAGGGCAAUGAGUUCAAUCUACCAUAGAAGAUCCUCUUCCUGUAGGUUUGCAAAUGAGUGUGGGAGAAGCUAAAAAAAAUUCAUUCUCUUGAACAAAAUCCAGCAAAAGAAAUGGUUUUUUUUAUAAUUGGAGAUCUGACAAUUCACAUCCAGGGAUUGCAGGACAUGACCGUUGGAUUCCUCCCCUCCGGUCUGAGGCCAAGCCCGUUAUAUCAGCUCAGUACUUAGAGGCCCUCAAGUCUUCCUUAUGAUCCAAGCCCAAUCCGCCAGUCCGCCAGCCUUGAGACCGAACUCCCACUAAUCUCCCCGAGCAGGCCGGUCUACCUCUUUGGGUCAUAUGAACAAAUCCUCUCUGGACUUAGCCCAUAUCAUAUCUUCCGGCGUGACCCGUAUUUAGGAAGAAGAUCUACCUAUCUUUCACAUGGGACCAUCCGUACGCGCGUCCGGGAGAAUUAGGGGGCCGUUAUGCAUGGAAAAUGGAGUAAAAUGGUAAUUUGGCAAAAAUGGCCUUAAAUCUGCCCAAAAGAGAGC